UAUCGUACGCAAUGCCCUUGAGCUUCACACUCCUCUGUCGCGCUCAGAUAAGCACAGGAUCUGAUUCCCAAAAUGGUCGGCAUCAAGGAAGUUCUGAUCGUGUCCGUGUUGGUGGCCGCGGUGGCUGUUUCUCCCGCCGAUGCUGUUCCAACGAGACACGCUAGGCCCCGUCCUCAGCCCAGGCCGAGGCCAGGGACGUGUCCGGACACGAGCGACAUCGUCUCCAUCUGCGUCGUGACGGAACGCAACUGCUUCUCGGACGGCGAGUGCGGAGCCGGCCAGAAGUGCUGUCCGAUUGGCUGCGGGAGAGAGUGCCUGGCUGUGGGAUCUCCCUACGGAAAAUGAAGAUCGUAGGAAGGGGACGAAAUUUCCUGCUGAUGACGUCAUCGUGUACCUCGAUGGGCUCACAGUCUCCCUGGAAAUAUUAUUGAAGCGUGUUGAUUCAUUGAUAAUAAAAUUGUGUUGUUUUAAA